AUGUUCCAACUUGGGAGCCUCGUUGUCUUGUGUGGCCUGCUCAUUGGGACCUCAGAAUCACUUUUGGGUAAUAUUGGCAGUGCCCUGAAUAAUGUGAACGUUCUGAAUUCUGCCACUGGAGAUGCCCUUCCGAAACCAAAUCUGGAUGUGAGUUCGCUUCAGGAAACUAAGGAUUGGCCAUUAGCCAAGAACAACAUCUUAGGAAUUUUGAACACACUGGACGUUGGCAAAUUAAACCUCUUAUCAUCUCAGAAAGGUUUAGGGUUGCAAAUCAACAAACUCAGCAUCCUGGACUUGCAAGUUGGCUUGUCUUCUGAUGGCAAAGGCAUUGAUCUGAAGCUGCCCCUGGUUGUGGAUGCCUCUGUGACUCUGCCUCUUAUUGGCUCCACGGCUGAUGUUGCUAUUUCCUUGGAUCUCAUAACUUCCCUGGCUAUUCAAACCGAUGCCACGACUGGCCUUCCCACCCUGACCAUAGGGAAAUGCUCGAGUGAUUCAGACAAAAUCUCCAUUUCUUUAUUGGGAAGACGAAACACCCUUAUCAACAGGAUGAUGGAUGGUAUUUCUGGCCUCCUUACAAACACAGUGACAAGCCUGCUGCAAAACCAAGUAUGUCCACUGCUCCAGGGGCUCCUCAGCAGCCUGAACAUAAAUAUUGCUCAAGACCUCCUCUCUAGCCUACUGACAGGGCAGUUAGCAGUCCCCCUCUGA